GGCGCGUCUGCCGCCUCGCCGGGCCUCACCAUGGCGGCCUGCUUGGCCGGGAAGGAGAUCGUGUUUGUCACGGGGAACGCCAAGAAGCUGGAGGAGGUCAUUCAAAUUCUAGGAGAUAAGCUUCCUUGCACUUUGGUGGCACAGAAAAUUGACCUGCCGGAGUACCAGGGAGAGCCUGAUGAGAUCUCCAUACAGAAGUGUCAGGAGGCAGCUCGCCAGGUGCAGGGGCCGGUACUGGUAGAGGACACCUGUCUGUGCUUCAACGCCCUCGGGGGCCUCCCUGGCCCCUACAUAAAGUGGUUUCUGCAGAAGUUAAAGCCUGAAGGUCUCCACCAGCUCCUGGCCGGCUUCGAAGACAAGUCUGCCUAUGCCCUCUGCACGUUCGCACUCAGCACUGGGGACCCAAGCCAGCCAGUGCGCCUGUUCAGGGGCCGGACCUCGGGCCGGAUCGUGGUGCCCCGAGGCUGCCGAGACUUUGGCUGGGAUCCCUGCUUUCAGCCUGAUGGAUACGAGCAGACGUAUGCAGAGAUGCCCAAGGCUGAGAAGAACACCAUCUCCCAUCGCUUCCGGGCCCUGCUCAAGCUGCAAGAGUACUUGGGCAGCCUGAAUCCCCAGUGAUGAUGGCCGGGGAUCCAGGAAGAGCUAGCCUGAAACCUCCUCCAUCAGGCUGGCACCCCUCCGGGUACUUCCUUCAGGGUACCACUUCCUGGGGGUGUUGAGAUAGCCUCAUCAGCCCUAUCUGGAGGAGCAGCUGGCACUGCUUGGAGAAACUUUGGCCAAGGGACACCAUUUUCUUGCCCUCAGGGAAUAAGUGGUCUCUCCUACAGCCUCCAGGCCUGGGAUCCUGAAAGGACCUUGGAUGUUAAGACUGGCCUUGGUGGGAUUGCGGGUUUGGAGAAGAACCAUACAAACAGCGUUAGAUAUUUUUUAAAUGUAGCAGAUAAAACUUGUGGAGGGCACUUGCUUCCAAAAUAAACUGGAUAUAUCUGCUUUGAAACUGG